AUAAGACGGAGUUUUGGUGACCCUUAACAACCAUAACAACAACAAUGGCCGCUGCUCUGAGAGGAAGUAUCUCCCGCGGCGCCUUAUUUAGGACUUUACAGACGACUCUCCAGCCCAAAGUUCCUGUACGAUGCCUCAACUUGUUGGAAUACCAGAGCAAGGUCCUAUUAGACAAUCACGGCGUUACUGUGCAGAAAUUCCGUAUCCUUGACUCGCAUAAAAAUGCUACGGAGGCGUCUAAGACACUUAAUGCGGCCGAGUACGUAGUGAAGGCCCAGAUCUUAGCAGGUGGCCGCGGUAAGGGUCAUUUUGAUAAUGGCUUUCAAGGAGGUGUUCAUCUUACUAAAGACUGUAACGAGGUUGCCUACUUGGUGGAGAAGAUGGUGGGACACAAGCUGAUCACUAAACAAACACCUAAGGAUGGCAUUCUUGUCAGCAAGGUUAUGGUCGCUGAAUCUGUUGACAUUCUUCGUGAAACCUACUUCUGCAUUCUUAUGGACAGGGAACACAAUGGUCCUGUAAUGAUUGCCAGCCCAGACGGAGGUAUGGAUAUUGAGGAAGUAGCAGAGAAGACCCCCGAGCGUUUACUGACGCAGCCCAUUGAUAUACAUGAAGGAAUCACAGAUGACAUGGCCCUUAAGGUGGCAGACUUUCUUAAAUUUGAAGGACCACUGAGAGAAAAAUGUGCUAAAGAGGUGAAAGGCAUCUGGAAGAUGUUCCUUGGUGUGGAUGCCACUCAGAUUGAGAUUAAUCCACUGAUUGAAACUCCACAAGGUCAGGUUGUGGCAGUUGAUGCAAAGAUUCAGUUUGAUGAUAAUGCCGAGUUCAGACAGAAGGACAUAUUUGCAUUGGAGGACUCGAGCGAGAGUGAUCCCAGAGAAGUGGAUGCUGCCAGCCACGACCUCACUUAUAUUGGCAUGGAUGGCAACAUUGGAUGUUUAGUUAAUGGAGCAGGUUUGGCAAUGGCUACAAUGGAUAUAAUUAAAUUACACGGAGGUUCACCUGCAAACUUCCUGGACCUGGGAGGUGGUGUACAGGAGCACCAGGUGGAACAUGCCGUCAGGAUCCUCACCUCGGAUGAUUCUGUUAAAGCACUUUUUGUGAACAUAUUCGGUGGUAUUGUCAACACAGCCACUAUUGCUAGCGGUCUUGUCAAAGUCUUAAAGGACAGAGACAUCAAGAUCCCAUUGGUGGUCAGACUGGAAGGAACAAACGUAGAAGAAGCUAAACGCAUUUUAAUCGAGUCUGGCUGUCCGAUCCAGUCUGCGAGUGACUUGGAUGAAGGGGCUAAGAAGGCUGUGGCUGCUAUCAGUUAAUUUAUUUAUUUUUAUAGAAUAUUGUUUGACAAUAAAAACAUAUCUGUGAAUCUUUAUAAGUAUUGAAUUUUAUUUAUAUUAAAGGAAUAGAUGCAAAGGUGCAAAGCCUCACUGGCUUCUUAAAUCCGAAGACUGUCGUCUUUUAAUCAAAGCAGAAAUUCAGCAAUGUGUAUUUUGAAAAUAAUUACUACAUUUAAUCCUUAAACUGUCCAAACGUAGAUCUACGUUCACUCGCGCAGCGCUCCGAACAUAGAUUUACGUUUUAUUUUACACGCUUUUAAAUGCAAAAAAAACGUAGAUCUACGUUCUGAGCGCUACACGAGUGAACAUAGAUCUACGUUUGGACAGUUUAAGAGUUAAAUAAGCUAUUUUAUAAUAUUUCAUUUGUUAUUGUUGAUUUUACACCAGUUCACUGUGCUAAAAAUUAUUUAAUGGAUUAUUAUUUACUACAGUAUUAGGCAAACAAAAUUUAAUAUGUAAAUUUUGAACAGUGACAUGAUAUUUAGAUCAGUGAUGCUACUGUAUACUUAAUAUGGCUGCUUGGGAUAUUUUUUUCAACUGUUUUUUUCCAAAUAUUUUGUAAAUAUUUUUGCACUGUACAUCUAUUGCAGGUGGAUACACAGCAAGAUGUUUGUGAUAAAGUUAAUUUUAGAAUCAUUAGUCUUCCUCAUCAAUCAUCACUACCCUGUUUCCUACCUUCAUGGGGUCAGACAGUACAGUGGACCCCUGGUUAACGAACUUUUUUCAUUCCAGUAGUAUGUUCAGGUGCCAGUACUGACCGAAUUUGUUCCCAUAAGGAAUAUUGUGAAGUAGAUUAGUCAAUUUCAGACCCCCAAACAUACACGUACAAAUGCACUUACAUAAAUACACUUACAUAAUUGGUCGCAUUUGGAGGUGAUCGUUAUGUGGGGGUCCACUGUAUAUGGUAUUUAGUGGGGACAGUGAUUUUAGAUAUGUCAAGUUCAGCAACCUCUCACAAAAUAUCUUUGUACAUCUCAUUCCAGUGUAUUUGUAUGUAAAUGGAUUGUACAGAUCUUGUUCGCAAAUAAAAUAUUUUACCA